GUGGAGGAAAAAGGGGGGCAGGCAACAACCCAGGCUUUUUUUUACAAAACGGCUAAAAAACAAGGGAGCAGUGCAAAGUGAAGUCCUCCUAUAGGAGGGACACGAUAUAGGAUUAUCAACAGGUAGGAUUUGAAUUGAUCUGGUGAUCGGCUGUAUCUCCAUCCUCCCUCUCUCCAUCCCUCGCUUUCUCUCGCCUCUUUUUUUUUUUCUCUUUUCCCGGCCUUGUCUUGUGUGGCGGCGGCUGCGUCUCCAUCCCUGGGUGAAUUCAUACAAAUAGCGGGGACAUGAUGGGGAUUAAUGUCAUUAUUCUAGUGUAAUGGACGCGCGGACCCGCUGCGCCGUUGUGCUUCAUCCAGCCGACCGGGGCGCAAGGACGAUGGUUUUACCCUGCUGUGUUUUUUCACUGGGAUCCAUCGGAUUCAGACGCGCGUAAAAAAAAAACACGACUGACAAUCGGAGGACGCAUUAAAACGCGUGUGAUGAGACAAAGGAACAAAGGAUGCCUUAGGGGAGAGGUUGCCUAUAUGCCUGGAAACCUCUUCAAAGCACAUCGCCAAAUGGAUCUAACGCCUCCCCCCGCCACCUCUAGAUCAUGAUACUUGGCUGAAGCUAUUCCGCUAUCUUUAUGAUCCCUCCUCCAUCUAUGGCGAACUAUAGUCAUGCAGGGGACCACACCAUCUUGCAGAAUGUCUCUCCUCUCGCCACGUUCCUCAAAUUGACCUCCCUGGGUUUCAUAAUCGGUGUCGGCGUGGUUGGAAACCUCCUGAUCUCCAUCCUGCUGGUCAAAGACAAGAGCCUGCACCGGGCACCCUACUAUUUCCUGCUGGACCUGUGCGCCUCCGACAUCCUGCGCUCCGCCAUCUGCUUUCCCUUCGUCUUCACUUCGGUCAAGAAUGGGUCGGCCUGGACGUACGGCACGCUGACUUGCAAAGUUAUCGCCUUCCUGGGUGUGCUCUCCUGUUUCCACACAGCCUUCAUGCUGUUCUGUGUCAGUGUCACCCGCUACCUGGCCAUUGCUCAUCACCGUUUCUACACCAAGAGGCUCACCUUCUGGACCUGCCUCGCCGUCAUCUGCAUGGUGUGGACGUUGUCGGUGGCUAUGGCGUUCCCGCCAGUGCUAGAUGUAGGGACGUACUCUUUUAUCCGGGAGGAGGACCAGUGCACAUUCCAGCACCGCUCCUUCAGGGCGAACGAUUCGCUGGGCUUCAUGCUCCUGCUGGCGCUCAUCCUCCUGGCCACACAGCUGGUUUACCUCAAGCUCAUCUUUUUUGUCCAUGACCGUCGAAAGAUGAAGCCUGUCCAGUUCGUGCCUGCCGUCAGCCAGAACUGGACCUUCCACGGGCCGGGUGCCAGCGGGCAGGCAGCGGCCAACUGGCUGGCUGGAUUUGGCCGUGGCCCCACCCCACCUACUUUGCUGGGCAUCAGGCAGAACAGCAACGCAGCGGGCCGCAGGCGUCUACUGGUGUUGGAUGAGUUCAAAACGGAGAAGAGGAUUAGUAGGAUGUUCUACAUCAUGACGUUUUUCUUCCUGGCUCUGUGGGGGCCCUAUCUGGUUGCCUGCUACUGGCGGGUGUUUGCAAGGGGCCCCGUGGUCCCUGGGGGCUACCUGACGGCAGCCGUGUGGAUGAGCUUUGCCCAGGCGGGGGUCAACCCUUUCAUCUGCAUCUUCUCCAACAGGGAGCUCCGGCGCUGCUUCAGCACGACGCUCCUCUACUGCAGAAAAUCCAGGUUACCAAGGGAACCCUACUGCGUUAUAUGAAGGUUUUGCUGUGGGUUUUUUCUCAUCUAUGUCUCUAUUUCCCUGAUUGAUCUUGAUGUGGGCUCGGUCCCACUGUACAGUGCACUCUCUCUUUCUAUCUCUCUUCUCUUCAUCCUCCAGUUUUUCCUCUCGUUCCUCCUUCUGCGAACCCCUUUUUCAGAGGUGGAAGGUGAACAACCAAUCACGAGGCUCCGCUGGAGGUGAUUGAGUGUGAAAUGUAUCAAACAUGGAGGCUGAAGGGAAUGGGAAAUGCGCAGGAGGUCUCUCUGGAUCCCCCUCCUGUGUUUAUGUUCUAGUAAACAGACAUUGUUGGAAGGCCAUGCCAAUGCAGAGAAGCAAAAAGCUUGAAAAAAAAAGAAAAGAUUUGACGAGAACAAUGAAAACUAAACCUCUUUCUUUGGAUUUGAAGAUGCGUUAUUCUGUGAGGUGUAAAAAUGAAAAGAAAAAGAAAAAAAACGACAAAACAAAGAAAUGAUACCUCUCAAGGAAUCACUGGAAAUGUUUUACAUUUUUAAGAGUUGCACUAAAAAGAAGAUGUAAAGAUGCUUUUUUUGGUCAACAGUUGCCCGUUGCGUUUGCAAGGACAACUUUUUCUUCUUUUUUUGUGUGUGUGU